CGCCCUGUGCUGUCCGCGCGCCUUGGAUCCGCUGUUCCCAGCACCUUUGCCCCGACCCUUCGCCCUGAAGAUGAACGUUUGGCUGCUGCUUGGUCUUCUGCUCGUGCACGAAGCGCUAGAGGAUGUCACUGGCCAGCACCCUCCCAAGAGCAAGAGUCCGAAGGAGCCGGGAGAAAACAGAAUCAAGCCCGCCAGCAAAAAGGUGAAGCCCAAAAUUCCUAAAAUAAAGGACAGGGACUCCGCCGAUUCACCGCCGAAGACGCAGUCUAUCAUGGUACAGAUGAUGGAGAAAGGUCGCUUCCAGAAAGCGGCUGCUACCCUGAGUCUGAUGGCCGGCCAGGCUCUGGAGCUGCGGUGUAAGGGGAGUAAGAUCGGAUGGAGCUACCCCGCGUACCUGGACACCUUCAAGGACUCCCGCCUCAGCGUGAGGCAGAACGAGCGCUACAGCCAGCUGACCCUGCUCAACUCCACCGCGGCCGACACCGGCGAGUUCAGCUGCUGGGGGCAGCUCUGCACCGGCUACAUCUGCAGCAAGGACGAGACCAAGACUGGCUCCACCUACAUCUUUUUUACAGAGAAAGGAGAACUCUUUGUGCCUUCUCCCAGUUACUUUGAUGUUGUCUACCUGUAUCCGGACAGACAGGCCGUGGUUCCUUGUCGAGUGACUGUCCUGUCAGCCAAGGUCACUCUCCACAGGGAGUUUCCAGCCAAGGAAAUCCCCGCCAAUGGAACAGACAUUGUCUAUGACAUGAAGCGAGGCUUUGUGUAUCUGCAACCUCAUUCUGACCACCAGGGAGUUGUCUACUGCAAGGCUGAGGCUGGGGGCAAGUCUCAAAUCUCCGUCAAGUAUCAACUCCUUUAUGCAGAAGUUCCCAGUGGCCCUCCAUCCACCACCAUUUUGGCGUCCUCAAACAAGGUCCAAAGUGGGGAUGACAUCAGUAUCCUCUGCACCGUCCUCGGGGAGCCCGAUGUCGAGGUGGAAUUCAGGUGGAUCUACCCAGGGCAGAAGGAUGAAAGGCCCGUGACGAUCCAAGACACUUGGAGGCUGAUCCACAGAGGACUCGGACACACCACGAGAAUCUCCCAGAGCGUCAUGGCAGUGGAAGACUUCGAGACCAUCGACGCAGGCUAUUAUAUUUGCACUGCCCAGAAUCUCCGGGGACAGACUACAGUAGCGACCACUGUUGAAUUCUCCUGACUGGGAAAAUGAAGGACAAUGAACUGAUGGAGAGCCCGUUUGUGUAUGCAACAGGCUCGGGCGUUCCUUCGACUAGUGCUUUGCCAGAGGCUGAUGUCAAGUGCCAAACCCCAGCCCCUGCUCGUGAGUAAGACCCAGACAUCCCAGCUCGCAGGAGGUCAUCCGGUCUAAUAAUAGAAGUGUUAACUCCUCUGACAGAAAGCAUGUCUUUUGAUUGCUUACCUACGUAUAUGCGUUUCUAGUUUUUAUACUAAGAAAGCAUAUAUGUAAACAAUUCAUAUAAUCAUUUCUAUUAAAUGGGCAAGUUUUUGUAAAAAAAAAUUUAAAAACUGGGCUAAGUGCUCAUUUUUUUAGGUUGGCAGAACAAUUUGUUAGUAAUGUUUGGGUUAAUACCUAAUACUGCACUUGGUCUAACCACAAUCCACGAGAAUCUAAAAAUGUAGUAAUAUAUAGUUCAACUCUAUGAACCAUGAUAUGAAGGUCUCCAAAAAAAUGAUAGAAACUUGCUUUUUAUUUAAAGAAAACUGCUGUACUCAGAAGUACUAGUUUUAGAUUAGUACAUUCAGUAAGAUAUACAGCAUGUGGUUUUAAAAGUUUUAUUUUCACUAUAAAAUAGGUGUACAGAACAAGGAAAAUUCAACUUCAUUUAGAUGUGUUUUUUAGCUUCUUCAAAAAUACUCAGACCAUAUUUGUUCCCAUUUUCUUACCUUAAAGAGUAGAAAUUGUUAAAACCAGUCAAAAGUUAUUUCUCCAAAACAUACAGCUUUCAAAAAAAAAAAAGCUUAGCUCAGUUUAGCUCUGCAAG